GGGGGAAGGGGGAAUAAGUGAAAAUCACAUACAUAUAUAUAUGAUAGUGGGCAGGGGUCUGCAAAGAGAGGGGUUGUGAGGAAGGAAAGAGCCCCUUCAGGAGAAGGAGGCUGCCGUUGUGUGAAUUAGAUGAGGAAACAAGAUGAACAAGAUCUGUUAACUCAGGAAGGCAGAAAAAGAGAGAGAGAAGGAGGAGGGAGGGGAAGAGUGAGUGGAGGAGAGAGAAAGAGAGAGAAAGAAGGAAGGGCGAGGGACAGGCCCAAGCCUGUCAGCGGCCUGAGGGGAAUGAGCUACCAAGGCUGCAGCAGCAAGAAAGGGCCCAGUCAACCAAUACUACUGUUUGGGGCUACCAAGGACAUUGGCAGAGGCAGGCAGGCAAGGGACGGGCUGCUGCUGCGGCUCCUGUGGGGAGGAGCAGGAGUGGGACUCAGGAGGAUUUACAGAACCCAGAGCAGCCUGAAGAGCCAGCUGCUGCUUCUGCAGACGAAGAUGCCCCAGUGGAAGCCACAGAAAUCAGUGCAGAGGGUGAAAAUGAAGGAAAUUAACCCUCCUCGGGUCUUCUAGUAUGAAAAGUGAGAAUCCCAGGAGUAAAUAAAGAAAUGUUAGCUGACACCAGAACAGGGAAAUCACCCAACCCCUAGGCUAACUUCAUUCAGCACUACAGUCUUUCACUUGCCUCAUACCAACAUAUCAUAGAUGUCUGGCAGACUCUUGAUCAUAUGUUAUAGGGCAGCUGUGUGCCACACCUCUUGUGUCCCCCUUGCCGUCUCCUUUGUGGCUUCCUUCCUUUCCCAUCAUCAAGCCUUCCAAACAUGUGGUUGGUAGCCGUGGAUUAGCGCAGCUGUGGUUGGAAUAACUGAUUAAUGUCUUCUGCCCAUUUGCAUCAGCACUUGAGAUCCCUAGAUAUGGUGGACAUAUUUUUUUUUCUAAAGAGACAAAAAAAAAUAAAACAACUUGUUUCAGCUAGAUCUUUGGGUGUGUGUUUUUAUUCCCUCUAUCUGCCCAUAGAGCUUGUCUCCUAUGGCUGGGUUUUUGGUUGUAAGGCCCAAACUACAUGUUACAGUAGCAAACCCAUGAUGUCUUCAAAUGCAGGGGAGCCACUCAUGGCUAAAUCAGGAUGUGGCUGCAUCCCCACGUGUUUUUCUCCCAGGCAGAUUCAUUUCUGGUGCUGGAGCCCAGCUGGGGGAAAAUUGAUUUUGGAGGAUGGAGGAUCAUGGUGGUAGGAAGAGUGGACCGAGGAAGGCUUUACCCAAUACCCUCCCAUGUGCCCACUUAGCUCUGUUUUGGAUGUGACUGGGUCAUACACACAUUUGAAGACAUAGAUCUGCUGCUGUCACAUGUACUUUGCGUCUUAGGGUGCAGUUGUCAGUAUGCCUACAUAUGCUGAAGUUCUACCUAUCAAAAGUAAGGUAGAACUUACUAUCAAAGGACUUUCUCAUUAAAAAUGAUGAUGAUAGAAUGAAUCUAAGGAUGAGGAAGAGAUAAGAACAUGACAUGCUAGUGUUAAGAUGAAGAGGUUUAAUUCAGGAGAGAGCAAAGUGGAUGUGUUGUAAUGGCAGCUGGGUACUAGGUUAAGGUGGGUAAUCCUGCCACAACAAUCCUGGAGUGAACUGAAAUCCCAUUUUGCUUCAUGAACACAUCAGUCAAAAAUUCAGCCCAGGCUGCCUUCAUCUUGUAUUUUAUUGUAGUUUUUGUUUAAUGUGUUUUUAAUUGUAUGGUUUAUCCUAUUGUUGUUUUAUUGUUUUACUUUUUGAGUAGCCCAGAGAACAAUUGUUAUGGAGCAGCCAAUAAAUAAAAUUGUUAUUUAUUAAGUA